UUAAUUUGAUUCGAGAAAAGAACGAAACGGCGAUCGGAGCAAUCUUCAAAAAUGACGAGAGCAUUUAACGUCGCAAAAUAUUUUGAACGUUUUGGGGAAGUCCUUGACUCUAAGGUAGUAAUCUCUGGAGGAGUCUCAAAAGGCUACGGCUUUGUCACUUUCAGUCGUGAAGAACACGUGCAUGCAAUUAUGAAUGCUCUCCCGUUAUAUUAUGCAAAUAGAAAAUUAAAUAUUGGACCUGCUAUUCGAAAACAAGUUCCAGAUGAUCAUGGAGAAUCAGUACUCGUUAUAACAAGAUGGAGACCUGAAUUGGCAAGCACCAGACAUUUUCCCCAAGUCAGGCCUUUUUAUGGGCAACCUAUGCCUUAUGGAGUUACUAGAUUUGGAACAACAUAUUAUAUCUAAUUUAAAAUUUUAAAAUUAUUUGCUAGUUACGUGUUAUAAUU